UCUCAGUUUGCCUAGAUUCAAGACCUAAAACGGAGUUUAUCUUAAAAUGGUCAGUGGGAUUCGGCUUAAUGUGUUCGUUUCAAAUGUAUGUAACCAACAGAACAUAGAACACUUAGAAAUACUAUAUGACCAUCUGCUUAGUCGUACACCUUGAUUAAAUAUCGGCGAAUAAAUUUGAAUUUUAUUUGACCCAAACCUAGUAUAACUCAAACAUACUCUACCACUGACUUGGAUUUACAAGCUAAUGAAGUUAAGUUUAUUUUAAAAUCAUGUUUUCAUUUAGAGUAUUUUACGACAAGAUAUUCCAUGGUAUGAUGAACAGUCAUCUGGGUCACUAAUCAGCAAACUUUCUCAGAAUAUCGAGCUCAUUGAACGUGGUAUUGGAACAACACUCGGGGGUUUUAUAAAACACAUAUCAGGAUUCAUAGUAGGCAUCAUAAUAAGUUUUUCAGUGGGAUGGAAACUUACACUAGUAGCUUGUUGCAUGUUACCUGUUAUUGCUGCAGUUUUUGGAUGUUUCGGUUUCAUUAUGAAAUAUUUCACUGUUAAGGAAAUAGCUGCAUAUGCACGAGCAGGUUCUAUCGCUGGCGAAGUUUUAGAAGCUGUUCGUACUGUUGUGGCAUUUGGUGGCGAGCAGAAGGAGCUAGCAAGAUAUAGUGAGCAGCUUGUAUUUGCCGAAAAGGUCGGGCUCAAAAAGUCGACGGCAACUGGUGGAGUAACUGGUGCCAUAGGAUUAACCAUCUUUUGUUCUUCUGCACUGAUAUUUUGGUAUGGUAUUAAAUUAAUGAUUGACGAAAACUAUAAUGCCGGAUCUGUAAUACUGGUAUUCAUAAAUGUUCUCUUGGGAAGUAUUUUUCUGGGCAACGCUCUACCAAGUUUUCAAUAUUUCAUGAACGCACAGGCAUCAGCCUCUGAAAUUUAUGGUACUAUUGAGCGUAUCCCUCAAAUUGAUAAAGAUCGACAUGGAAAUCUCAUUCCAAACUUUUCUGGAAAUGUUGAGUUCAAAAAUGUUUCUUUCGUAUAUCCAAGCAGACCAGAUAUUACUAUUUUACAGGAUUUUAGUCUGACGAUCAAAAGUGGACAAACUAUAGCUUUGGUUGGACCCAGUGGUUCAGGAAAAAGCACAAUUAUUCACAUGCUGCAAAGAUUUUAUGAUCCUGUGAGCGGCGAGGUAUGUUUUUCCCGAGGUGUUCUGUACAGAUCAACCUUGUGUCAGUGGACGUGUUUGAAUUCUUACAGAAAGUAUGGCUGAGUUAUAUCUAUGCUAGAAUAACCCAAAUGACCUCUUAAAUCUCUGUGUUGUUUAGUGUUGUUGAUGCAACGGGACGAUAAGUUGUAGCGAUAAGAAUCAGAUGAAUUUUAAGUGGUAACUUCAUAAUCUCAAAUGUAACUGAAGGCUAAUUCAGUAAAAAUUUUAUGUACUAAUUGAAGACGAGAAUAUCAAGAAUUUGGACCUGAAAGCUUAUCGUAAUCAGAUAGGUUGUGUACAACAAGAACCGAUACUUUUCGAAGGAACUAUCAGUGAUAACAUAAGGUUAGGAAAACUUGAUGCAACUCAAGAUGAGAUAGAAGAAGCUGCGAAGCUUGCUAAUGCUCACGAUUUUAUUCAACAACUUCCGGAUACAUACGACACUUUUGUUGGUGAACGAGGUGGCGGAAUGUCAGGUGGUCAGAAGCAACGUAUAGCGAUUGCCCGAGCUUUGAUUAGAAAACCAAAGUUACUCCUACUGGACGAAGCGACGUCAGCUCUUGACACAAAAUCAGAACGUGUAGUUCAAGUGGCAUUGGACAAAGCGAGUAAGGGGAGAACAGUUGUGGUUGUUGCCCAUCGUCUUACAACAGUUCGUAACGCAGAUUUAAUAAUCGUUCUUGACAAGGGAGUAGUUCGAGAGUCUGGAACACAUGAAGAACUUGUGGCUCAAAACGGUCUUUAUGCAGCAAUGCUUAGUAAUCAGGGAAUAAGUGAGAAAAGUGCAAAUGAAGAUGCUGAGUUAUCUGAUGAAGAAUUGGUUGGAAAUUUAGACAAUGAGACACAGACUUCGAAGAAGUUGGACGGUGUGUGGACAAUUGGAGAUGAUCAAGAAAACAUAUCUGAAAGUACUGGAACGUUGCCCCGUAGAAGUAUGUCAAUUACUGCAGCAUCACAAAUCACACGGGCUCAGCUGAAAAAAGUAAAGAAAUCUCCUACAUUAAGAGUUUUACAACUUAACAAACCUGAAUUGCCGUUAAUUAUCAUAGGUUGCUUCUGUUGUCUGGUAAAUGGAACUGCUCAGCCAGCAUUUGCACUUCUAUACACCGAAGUGUAUGACAUAUUCACUUUGAGAUCAAAUCCUGACUUAAUGUCCAGUCGAAUUAGUCUUAUAAGUGGAAUGAUGGUGUUAAUUGGAGUUUUGCGUUUCACUGCUUCUCUUUGUCAGGGAUUUCUUUUUGGGAAAUCAGGUGAAAAACUAAUCAAACGUAUACGUUGUAUGGUUUUUGAAGCUAUUCUACGUCAAGAAAUUGCAUGGUUUGAUGAACCAGAAAAUCAAGCAGGUGCAUUGACAGCCAAACUUGCUACAGAUGCAACAAAAAUGUCAAUGAUUUCUGGUGCACAACUGGGUUUUAUUAUAGAAGCUUUAGCACUGAUAAUUAUGUCACUUGUGAUAGCAUUCAUUUACAGUUGGCAGUUAACUUUGGUUGUGUUAGCAUUUUAUCCGAUUAUCGUCAUUGGUGGAUAUUUACAGAUGCGUUCAAUGUCAGGAAAAGGCAAGAGUAGAAAUGACACUGAAUCAAUGCGAGUAGCUCAAGAAGCAAUCGGCUCAAAUCGUACUGUAACUACACAUACCUUAGAGGAAUACUUUUUCAAACGUUUUAAAUCUUAUGCUUCUGAAAAUCAAAAAAAAAGAACCAAAAAAAUUCUUUUUUACUCUUUGGUUUAUGCACUCGCUGAGGGUGUGCCAAUGUUUUCGUUUGCAGCAGCAUUCGCUCUAGGUGCAUAUUUGGUUUCAACAAAUGUUAUAACAGUAGUCGCAGUAUUCAGAGUUUUUGCAACCAUCAGCAUGAGUGCACAGUCACUUGGUCGUUCUGCUACGUUAGUUAUGGAUGCAAGGGAAUCAAAGCCUGCAGCUAAAAGCAUUCUAGCACUUUUAGACAGACAAUCCCUCAUUCCAGCUAACGUGGGAAUUGUACCAUCAGAAUCAUUCAGAGGGAAAAUUUCUUUCAAUCGCGUUUAUUUUAAAUACUCUUGUCGAUCUGAGGGCCGGAUUUUGAAGAACUUCACUCAUACAGUUGUGCCCGGUCAAACAGUCGCGUUAGUUGGACCUUCUGGGUGUGGGAAAUCAACACUACUUCAGUUAGUAUUGAGAUUCUACGAUCCAUCAUAUCACGGUCCCGAUAGUGGUGUGUUUUUCGAUGAUAUAAAUAUUAGGGAUAUUGCACCUAGUUGGGUUAGAAAACAGAUUGGUCUUGUUUCACAAGAACCCACUUUAUUCGAUCUCACGAUAAGAGAGAAUAUUGCGUAUGGAGACAAUAGUCGAGAAGUGACGAUGGAAGAGAUUAUUGAGGCAGCACGUGCAGCUAACAUCCAUGAUUUCAUUACAACACUUCCAGAACAAUAUGAAACCAAAGUUGGACAACGUGGAUCAAAGUUAUCUGGAGGACAGAAACAGAGGAUAGCCAUUGCACGAGCUUUAGUUCGUAAACCUGUUUUACUUGUGUUGGACGAAGCUACUUCAGCUUUGGACAAUGAGAGUGAGCGGAUAGUUCAAGAAGCCCUUGACGCUGCUAUGGGGUCGAGAACAUCAUUAGUUGUUGCUCAUCGCUUGUCCACAGUCGUCAAUGCUGAUCUGGUAGUUGUGUUACAGGAUGGACGUAAGAUAGAGUCAGGACCACCAGCAGCACUUCUGGAAAUGAAAGGAGCUUUCUAUGCAUUGCAUCAUGUAGAAAAUUGAAUUGUCUACCUGAACUUUUCUGUGAUCCUACUAUUUUCAAAUACUUUAUACUAUAUUUGGAACGAAGUUAAUUAUUUGGUGUAUCUUUAAUUCAUUUGCAUAAAUAAAUUAUUUUAUUCAGCGAAAUUGUAUCACUGCUAUUUAACGUCCGCUUUCUGGUCAUUGUAAACUUUAUGUUAGUGAUCAUUUAAAGUAUUCAAUUAACAUUGAUUAAUUUCGUUGAUGAUAUUACUUAAGGCGUGAAACUAGUCUGUCUCUGAAAAUGGAAGUUAAUGAAACAUACGUGGAAGUUAAGCGAACCAGUUUCUCAUGGAGUUGUAUGAGAAAUUGAGUAUCAUAUUUAGAAAACUGAC